UGUUGAAAAAUUAUGUUUUGCAAGAAUAAAUUGUGUAUUGUUUUUGUGGAUUAUUUUUAUGUAUUUGUCGAUCUGAUGUCGCCUUAUUUAUUUUGUUGUGAUGGCGUAUAGAGUUUUGUCUUGGUUUGGCCUUAUUUCCGUCAUAACAAUAGCUUUAGCAGGCUUUGGUUUAUAUUUCGCAUUACUCGCUUUUAUAGUUUCAUUUAUAGUCGGAGUGGUUACAGUUUUACAUCUUAGUUUUGAUCCAAAGAAGAUAUUCUCAACAGACAUUGAUUGUCUGGAUCCACUUCAAUAUAACAACUUUCCAGUGUAUCCCCAAAAAGUUCUUGAAUUGUUUGAAACUGAAGAACUACCACCUAAGUUUGAUAGUAGAAUAACAGGUAGUGAAACUGUGGACUCAUUCUUGAAUGAAAUUAUAUCUAUUAUAAUAAAUGACUAUGUAACUAAUUGGUACGAAGUUUUGACAAAAGACCAGCAAUUCACAUCACAUGCAAUCAGACAGUUGGUUGUGGAAAUUAGUGCUAAACUGGCCAACAGAAUAAAGUGUGUGGACUGGAUUUAUCUACUCUCAACAAAAUUUCCUGAGGAACUCACAUCACAUCUAAAAUUAUUUAAACAGUCAAGGGUAAGAUUAAAACAUCUUCAAUUAUUGAGUGCCAAAGAGGUUGCUAAUGGUACAGCAAAAUUGAGUCCGAAUAAAGGUGAUGAUAGAAGAACUCAUCGCAGGAAUAAAAGUGAAACUGACUUGUCAUGGUCUCCAGAUGCACAAUCGGUUGGAAAGUCGAAAUUCUAUGGCAGCUCUGAAAACAUAGGAAGUAACAAUUUGCGAGAUAUGUUUUUUGAUUUGGAAUGUGCCAUGGAAAAUAAACAGAUAUGCAGAGACACAUUUUGCACAGAAUCUGAAAAAGAAUAUGCAUUAUUAUGCGAAGUCUCCGAAGCCAUACUAUAUUUAGUGGCACCAGAGGAUGCAUGGAAGUGUCAUGCAUUGAAGCUUUUCUCUAUAGAAUUGAUAUCAGCAGUUGUGUUGCGGCCUGUUAUAAACAUGCUGAGUGACCCAGACAUUAUUAACAGAGCUAUCAUAAGAACUUGUUGCCGGGAUUCGUGCCUCUCCUCAGAGUUAUUUCUCUUGAUUAUAAGAACGUAUAGUGACGCUGAAGAGUUGGACGCCACAUUGGAACUGGUUCAAAAAGACAUACAAAAACUACACUCAAGAGACAGCGCCGGUGAGUGGGAGCUACCUGAUCGACAGAAACUGUCAUCGUUGCAGUAUCUAACAAGAAUUAUACAAGCCAGGAGAGCCACCUUAGGACCCCAGGAAGAUUCCAACAACGCGAACGCAGACAAAGUAUCAGAGGAGGUGUUGCGAUCGUUGAAGUUUCUGCGAGCAACCGCUGCUUGGAGAUCAAACGCGCAGUACUUGUUGGAAAUUGAGAUGAACGAGGCUGAUGCACCUCAGACUUCGAGAGCAGUUAUCGACAAUCUGCGCUCUUCGGCGCUCGAGAUCUGCGACAUGUAUUUGGCGCCCAAUAGGUCGGUGAUGGGCGUGCCUGAGAGCUGCCACGCCGACAUGGUGAGGAAGAUCACCACCGAGGGAGAGGAAUUCACCAACAACCCGCCCGCCUGCUUUGAUGAAGUGCAGAAAUGUGUUUGUGAUGCUUUAGAAGAAGAUCCGACAUGGCAAUCCGACUUUAUGAUGGAUGGUGAAAACGAUAGUACCGUUAAAAGUCCUAGCGACUUAAAAAAAGAGGCUAAGAGUGAUGGCAAGAAAUAUGGGGAAAAAUGCAAGAAACUCAUGAAGACAUGUUUCAAUAGAUUGCCAAAACUAUUCCAAAAGUCCAAGUACAGAUAUGAAUCCCCAACCAAAUCCUUCACCUUUCCCCGCUCAAUCACACGAAGUAUACCCAUAAACAAGAACCACACUAUGCCUAAAUGUGCCAGCGGAGCAUCGAAUCUUUCGUCGGCCAAUUCGAGUAACUUGUCAGUUUCACAUUCUGAGAUAAGCCAGAGUGCGAAAAAUUUCUUGUCACCAUUAACCGCAUAUAUUAUUGAGACAGCCUUAGUACAAGACAAGGGGCGGACGUUUGGUAUCUACGCAAUAGCUGUCACUAGAGCCUCGGACAAUGAAGUGUGGCAUAUAUAUAGGAGAUACAGUGACUUUUAUGACUUGCACUCUGCUGUCAAAGAGAAGUGGCCUGAACUAGCAAACCUGCCGUUCCCCGCAAAGAAAACAUUUCAAAAUACGUCUAGAACGGUUCUCGAAAGUCGCAAACGAGUGUUAAAUAGUUACUUACAAAGUCUGACGAUAAAGGCGAGGGAUGCGAGGUACAUCACUCUGCUGUCUCCAGAGUAUUUGGGAGGGUUUCUGAGUCCGGAGAUACAAACUGAGAGGCAUGGCAACACUAUCGACGCAUUAUUAGUAAACUCUAUAAAAGCUGGAAUGAGGACACUGAAAAGCAUGCCCGAUCAGUUUGUGAACACUGUCGACGGUGUCAUGGAUGGCAUAUCAAAGGUAUUUCAGGGUAAAAGUGGCGGGAGUUUUGACAGUAUUACCCGUGACAGUUCCGCUGAAGGUCAGGAUGAUGGCGACGAAAGUGUUCCACUAAAAUUACUUGAAGAAGUCCUAGGAAUCAGGGGCUUGUGGCUCAGGAGACGUCUGCUGGCGCCCGUCAGGACUCUCAUCGCAGACCGCGUUAAUAAGAAGGUUCUAGAACUGGUCUCGUCGUUAACGUCGCCGCGGAACGUGGUCCAGUAUUUGAAAUAUUUUAAACAAUGGCUAACAAAUCGCAACAACCCAGUUUCCAAUGAGAGGGAUUCACAGACCAAGGCGCGCACCAGGGUCGCAGCUAAAGUGGCACUCCUUGCAGCUGCUUCAGAUGAUCUCAAACACAUAGUGGGUACCGACGCGGCGCGGAGAGGUCUACUCACAGUUUUCGACUUGUUCCAAACGCAAGAAAUCAACAGGCGAUUGAUAUACGUACUUUUGGAAGUUACACUGUGUAAUAUUUUCCCCGACAAUAACAUACCAGAACUGUUCAAGAAACUGUAUGCUAAUUCACCUCGAGUGAACCCACAGAAGAAAUCUGUUAACGUUUAGUUGGUAUUCCAAAUCUAAAACUGAAAGAUGUUAUUGUAAUAAUUUUAUGAAUGUAUGCUGCCUUGGUACUAGAGGUAUCAUCAUAUUAUGUUUUAUUAUGCGGUAGCUAUCGUUCAACCCCAGCUGUGAAUCAAUGUGAUUCUGUGACCAUUUUUUUGUUAUAUUUUAUUAUAAUUAAUAAUAAAUAAGGAACGAGGAACUCUACACGACGUUGCCUAUGUAAAGGUCAUGAAAUAGAAGAUUAGGCCUUCAGGGGAUGGUAAUAUAAAUAUUUCUUAUAUCAUCUAUACGUCUAGAUAGACUAUGACAGCUGUGAAAACGUCGAAAAUACAUGAGUUUAGAGUUAGCCUCUAUUUUGAGCAAUGCACUAACACAAAGUGUCAUACAAAUCGCGAGUGUAACACUUAGCUUGUCACGCACACUAAAGUAUUAAACCUGGCCUGUUUUUAUAGGUUGUCUGACAACAAGAGACUCUAUCUUGACGUAUAUAUUAUCUAAGAAAUAUUUGUUUUAUGGGUUUUUAUCAUUAUGGAACGAACAGUUACUAUCAUAUAACUGCCUAAACAAACUGCGCCUGGGAGCCUGAGAACUAAUUUCCAUGUUUGUAGUAGACUUACUGGACACAACCAGACUGAUAACAACGUGGUCUGGUAUAAAUAAGGUUAAUAAUUGUGGACCGCAUCAAAGAGUAGCCGUUAAUUUUGAAUCGGGCGAAAAUUUAACACACUAUGUUAUAUACAUAUAUUAUUAUAUAAUGUCCAUUCACGGAUCUCUAUGAGGGAAAUACAUGUAUGUAUGUCCGGUUUAAUGUGAUGGUAAUAACAUUUGGUGCUAAUGUUACAAAAUGAUAAAUAACAUGUUUAUGUUACAUGUUGAGGACGACCGGAUCAUUAUUUUAGAAUUCUGUUCUCAGAGUUAGAAUAUACUAGCGUGUACAUCAACUGACAGCCCGAUAACGCGUGAAUAAUUUUAAAUUGUCAAUGUGUGCGUUAGCUAGUGGUUUAAUAUCUAAAAUUCGAAGGAGCUAAUGCCAAGAGUGACUGACUUUUUACAGUAACAAACACUGACCCGUAUAAAUACCACUGGACAGGCUGUUCCACAUGUUUGACAGCAAUUUUUUGUGCCUAUUUGAAGCGUCACUCGCGAGCGUCCAGAGAACUAAUUUUCGUUCGUUUUCCGUGUUAUUUAAACUUGAGGACUCAGCGUAAUAAAGUACAUAAUUUUUUGUUAGUUUCCCACCAUCAUAGAUGAGUGGUUAGCCGAGGUCGUCAUCAAUUAUUUUAGUACCGCAGACUCUCGCUAUGUCCAACAGCACCAAAAUGGCAAAUAUCAAACAGGCCAAGAGCACUUUGACAUCCGCCAGCCCAGUGGUUAAUAGUAGAGGUCAGUGAUAACAAUAGAUUUGCUUUCCUCUUCUUUCUUGAUUGUAUCUCCGUUAGAGAUGUUCUUCUCUCGAGCACUAGUAUAUUGUAGGUUUUAUUCUGAUCAAAGUGAUUUCUAUUAUUAUUAUGAAUUUUAAUAAUAUGAAUUUCUGAUAUUGAUGAUGAACAAUUUUUUUAUUGUAUUUAUGUUUUCCAUUAACUUUUAUGCUCUAAUAAUUAUAAAUAGAUCCUUUUAACAAAUUAUAUUUUGAUUAUAAAAAUGGCAAAUAUGUAUGAAGACUCUCGUAGCUUAGGAAGUUUUUUAAAUUGAUAUUAUGAAUUUUUAAAAACUUUAUUCUAUAUGCGACAGUAUAAAAUAUGAUUUCGAAUGAAUAUUAUGUAAUUCAUUCUAGUUUUUUUUUGUAUUUGAACAUCAUAAAAAACUUACCAAAAGACAAAACACGUGAACAUCAGUCAAGUCAUUAUAAUAUUAUUGUUUUGGUAUUAACACAUGCAUUUGAUUUCUAAUUGUACUAAACAAUAUGUAAUAUUUUUUAAAGAUACCGUCUAUUGUGGUAGUUAUUGAAAGUAUUGCGUGAAGAGACUUCGAGUAGAUUUAAUAUAUUGUAUAAAGUAGAAUGUACAGUGCGGUAAUAGUUAUUUAUGCAACUGUUGUGUAAUAAGGGGUAUUAAAACACGAAUGUGGAUUUAUCUCACGAGGCGAAGCCGAGUGUGAUAAUAGUAUCACAUGAGUGUUUUAAUACCUACUUAUUAACAGUUGCAUACAAGACUUUAUCUACACCCAGAAUAUAAAUCCUCUAAAAUAUUCUGGAACAGUUAGCUUACUGCUAACUUUAAAACACCAGUCCUAAUAGUAACCUAAAUCAUUCGUUACUGAUUAUAUACAAAUAAAAUAAGUAUUAAUGAAACAAUUAUUUAUUUUAGUAGUAAUUUACAUUUUGUAUAGUGCAAUAAUUAAAAUUCACUCGAAUAUAAUGUUCUUUUGCAGCGUUUAAAAUGAAUCGCUCAUUUUUUGUAAACAAAACAAUAAAAAUAUCGAAGAAAAAUGGCGGGGUUUCGAAUAACCUACUAUUUUUUUUUAAGCGCGCGACGUUCUGGCAGUGUGGAGCGCGCGUAAACGAAAAUGUUCUUUUUUUGAAAUUCAUACAGAUACCACGCAUCGAGCAAUAAGAAUGUGGCUGUAAGUUGAAACUCUUUGUGCAUGAAGGGAUAAAAAAAACAUAGGAGUGUUGUUAUGAAAUUCAGUACAACAUUACAACACUCUUUUGGGUGAUGUAAUGGUUAUUAGAACAUUGGGUGUUUUAAUGUUGGCAAUAAGCUAACUGUUUCAGAAUCUUUAAUAGAGGAUUUAAAGUAUGGGUGUAGAUAAAGAUCUAAAAUGUACAUGGCCAAUAGGAGAACUACAGACGACAUUUUGAAUCAUGUCACUUUUGACAUUCCAUUGUCACAUGGGUUAUUAUUAUUUUAAUUUUGCUUAGAUCAAACGAAUAGAUAUACUGUGACAGCUGUGAAAACGUCGAAAAAAUAGAGGUUUACAGUACCUUCUAUUUUGAGCAAUGCACGUACCCUAACACAAAGUGACAUUCAAAUCGCGAGUGUAAGACGUAGCUUGUCACGCACACUAAGUAACAAACCUGGCCAUCUUUCAUUGGUUGUCUAACAGCAAGAGGCUCUAUUUAGACGUAUAAAUUAUCUAAGCUAUUUUGAUUAUUACAUAGAUAAAAAGCAACAAAUUUUGCUCUAAACAUAAUUUAUUUUGUAUUCGAUUAUAUACGAAUUAAUUUUGAUGAGACAAGUUCACAAAAGCUUCGACAUAAUCAAAUUAUCAUAUUUUCGUUUUACCAAGUUUAAUAUACCUUAUAAGUUUAUUAUAAUUAAAGAAUCAGUUUUACGUUUCCCUAAAACCAGAUCCAAAGAGCAUUUUUUUUAUUUCUGAUGGCGUGAAGUGCAAGCCCAUUUAGCCAACCCAGAAGACAUUUAAGAUCUUUGUUGUUACUAUAUUUAAAAAUUAAUGUUGCCAACUGUAAAUUAUGAUAGGUUAAUAAAAUGUGAUAAUACGUACCUAAUUAGGAAAAUAUUUCAAUACAUGUUUAAUGUUUCAUAUGUAUUUUGUAGAUAAUUAAUUGUAACAGGCUACAAUGUUUUGCAAACUAAAAAACAAACAAAUAACUUCCCUAUCGGCGAUUUAUUAGAUUAUUCAAUGUUUAUUUAGUUUUUUUUUUAAUUAUUUACAUAACAUGUACGUUCAACAUGAAUAUACAUUUGUUUCUCGUUUCAUAUUUUUAAAAACUUUAUUUGAUGUCUAAAUGAGGGUAGCGUAAAAUUUUUGGAGAUUUUCGUUAAAAAAAAUCCAUAAUUUGUCUAAUUUAAAUCCUCAUGCGUUGAAAUUAAAAUUUACUUACCUUCUUACAUUUAUUUAAUUUGUAUAGCAACGUAUACAGACAUAACUCAAAUUCUACUUCGCGACAUAUAAAUCUAUUUAUGUUUUUUUCCCCAAUACUAUAAUCGUAAAGAAGUAACGCCUUUGAAAUUUAGACGAAACAAAAUUAUUUACAUGAAAUAUAAUUAUUGUAACCUUUGACAUAAUAUAGUGUAAUUUUUUAAAUUUCUAUUUUUAAUAUGAAAUUGUAAAUCUUUUAUUAAAAAUAAGCCACACACAAAAUUUAUACAGACUCAUUUUUAUAUAUUUCAUAUAUAUUGAAAAGUUAGUAUAAUUUUCUUUAUAUUUACUAUAAAUUCGAAAUUGUAAAGUAAAAUGUGCCUAAUAUGAAUGCAUCGUAUAAAAUAAACAUUCCAAUACAACUUUGAGUUGUAUGCCAAUAUUUAUUGUAAUAACUGUAAGUAACUUAUCGAAUAUUAAAAUAAAACGUUCAAAUUGA